CGGAAGCUGUGCCUGCGGAUACAGGGAGCACCCGGAAGUGACGCGCCGCCAGCGGAAGUCCCGCCCGCACGUCCGCUGCUCCCGGUCCCUCGUGGCUGAUCGCCGGCAUGGCGCACUACAAUUUCAAGAAGAUCACGGUGGUGCCGUCUGCUAAGGACUUUAUUGACCUGACAUUAUCGAAGACUCAACGGAAGACUCCAACAGUUAUCCAUAAACAUUACCAAAUUCAUCGCAUUAGACAUUUUUAUAUGAGGAAAGUCAAAUUUACUCAACAGAAUUACCACGACAGACUCUCACAGAUUCUAACAGAUUUCCCCAAAUUGGAUGAUAUCCAUCCAUUUUAUGCUGAUUUGAUGAACAUUCUCUAUGACAAGGAUCAUUACAAGUUGGCUCUAGGACAAAUAAAUAUUGCCAAAAAUUUGGUGGACAAUGUGGCUAAAGAUUACGUGCGGCUCAUGAAGUACGGAGACUCUCUGUACCGCUGCAAGCAGCUGAAACGCGCGGCCCUCGGGCGGAUGUGCACGAUCAUCAGGAGACAGAAGCAGAGUUUGGAAUAUUUGGAGCAAGUGCGGCAGCAUCUGUCCCGUCUGCCAACUAUUGACCCGAAUACGAGGACCCUGCUCCUAUGUGGAUACCCGAAUGUUGGCAAGUCCAGCUUCAUCAAUAAGGUGACGAGAGCCGAUGUGGAUGUCCAGCCCUAUGCGUUUACGACCAAGUCUCUGUUUGUGGGGCACAUGGAUUAUAAGUAUCUGCGUUGGCAGGUGAGCGCUCCCACCUUUAAACAUAGAGCUCUUGUUAACGGGGUUUGAUUUUGGGGAUCCCUA